AUGGGGCUGCUGCCACGCACUUCCCUUCUGGGGCUGCUGCUGCUGCUGCUGCUGCUGCUGGGGCAAGGAACUACCCAGGCCCGUACCUCCCCUGGAGAGAACACACUGGAAGAGCAGCUAUGGCCAGAGUGGCAGAGCCUGAAGAGUUUUCCAUUCUCAUGCAACUCGAAGAAGUCAGGAUCUGAUGUGCCUUCUAACUCAGUCCACUCUCUGAGCCCUUCUGAUAUUAAACUUGUGGCAGCCAUUGGCAAUGUGGAAACUCCUCCAGACUCAGGGACGGAUGACCUGGAGAAGCAAGAAUGGACUGAAGGCGAGGAACCACAGGCGUGCAUGGGCGUUGUGACUGUUCUUUCAGAUGUCAUCAGACACUUCAAUCCAUCUGUCCUGAGGCCUGUCUGCAGCCCUGGGAAGGGAGUGGUACCCCGUAAUGGUGCUGAAGACUUGUGGAUUCAGGCAAAAGAGCUGGUGAGGAACAUGAAAGAGAACCAGCAACUUGACUUUCAGAAUGACUGGAAGCUCAUCAGUGUGUUCUUCAGUAACACUAGCCAGUGUCACCUGUGUCCCUCCGCCCAACAGCAAAGACACGUGACGAGCAGCAUGGACCAGCUGACGAGAAUGCUGGACUACCUGCAUCAGGAGGUCCCCAAAGCAUUUGUGAACCUGGUGGAUCUCUCCGAGGCUCUGAGGGGCUCGCACCAGGGGACUCCGCUCAGUCCCACGGCCGAACCCUGCAGGUGCUCAGGGGAGACCUCGUGGCUGUCCAAGGUUGUGACCCAGUGGGCCUAUCAGGAAACCUGGGAACAGCUCCUGGCCUCCAGCAAGUACAACGAGCAGAAGUCCUUCGCAGUGGUUUUCCAGCCUUUCUUCUACGAGACAGCCCUGCCGCCACCCUCGGGGGAGCGACCACUCCUGGAUCCCACCGUCCUCGCCUUGACUCUCUGGAACAGCAUGAUGGAGCCAGCAGGACAGAAAGAUGAGCCAUUCAGUGCAAAAGAGAGAAGGCCAGUGAAAUGUCCCUCUCAGGAGAAUCCCUAUCUGUUCACCUACAGGAACAGCAACUAUCUGCCCAGUUUGCUAAAAUCCCAUGCGAAGUUUGAGGUGAGAGAAGGAACGGAAAUCAGGUGUCCUGACAAGGAUCCCUCUGACACGAUCCCCACAUCAGUUCAUAGGCUGAAGCUGGCUGACAUCAAGGUCAUCGGAGCCCUGGGUGACUCGCUCACGGCAGGUAAUGGAGCCGGGUCCAAGCCUGGGGACGUCCUGGAUGUCUUAACUCAGUAUCGAGGUCUGUCCUGGAGUGCGGGCGGCGAUCAGAACCUCAGCAGCGUCACCACCUUGCCCAACAUCCUCCGGGAAUUCAACCCUUCCCUGAAGGGCUUCUCUGUUGGCACCGGAAGAGAAAACAGUCCUGGGGCCUUCCUAAACCAGGCCGUGGCAGGAGCCCGAGCUGAGGAUUUACCUGUUCAGGCCAGGAGGCUGGUGGAUCUGAUGAAGAAUUACACGAAUAUAAAUUUUCAGGAAGAUUGGAAGCUAAUAACCCUGUUUAUAGGAGGCAAUGACCUCUGUAAUGUCUGCAAUGACCCGGUCCGCUAUUCUCCGCAGAACUUCACGGACAACAUCGGGAAGGCUCUGGAUAUCCUCCAUGCCGAGGUGCCUCGGGCGUUUGUGAACCUGGUAAAGAUCCUGGAGAUCAUCAGCCUGAGGGAGCUGUACCAAGAGAAGAAUGUCAGCUGCCCGAAGCUGAUCCUCCGGAAUCUGUGUCCCUGUGUCUUGAAGUUUGAUGAUAACUCAGCAGAACUUGCCUCCCUCAUCGAAGUGAAUAAGAAGUAUCAGGAGGGGACUCACCAGCUGGUCGAGAGUGGGCAAUAUGACACAAGGGAAGAUUUUACAGUGGUCGUGCAGCCGUUCUUUGAAGAAGUGGAGAUGCCAAAGACCCCGGAGGGGUUGCCUGACAGCUCUUUCUUCGCUCCUGACUGUUUCCACUUCAGCAGCAAGGCUCAUGCCUGCGCAGCCCGGGCCCUGUGGAACAACAUGCUGGAACCUGUCGGCCAGAAGACAAGAAGGCAUAAGUUUGAAGACAAGAUCAAUAUCCCAUGUCCAGACCAGGUUUGGCCAUUUCUGAGCACCUACAAGAACGCUGUGCAGGAUCACGGGAGCCAGCUGCUGUGCAGUGACAGAGCCCCUUCUGCCUCGCCGCCCACCUCAGUGCACACCCUGAGACCUGCAGACAUCCAAGUUGUGGCCGCUCUGGGGGAUUCUCUGACCGCUGGCAAUGGGAUUGGCUCCAAACCGAAUGACCUAUCUGAUGUCACUACUCAGUACCGGGGGCUGUCAUACAGCUCAGGAGGGGACAGCUACCUGGAGAAGGUGACCACCUUACCGAAUAUCCUUCGGAAGUUUAACGGAAAUCUCACAGGCUAUGCUGUAGGCACAGGCAACGCCAGUGACACAAAUGCCUUCCUCAAUCAGGCUGUUCCUGGAACAAAGGCUAAGGAACUUGCAAGCCAAGUCCAGACUCUGAUACAGAAGAUGAAAGAUGACCAUAGAGUAAAUUUCUAUGAGGACUGGAAGGUCAUCACGGUGUUGAUUGGAGGCAGUGACUUAUGUGACUACUGCACGGAUUCGAAUCUGUAUUCUGCAGCCAACUUUUUUGACCAUCUCCGAAAUGCCCUGGACAUCCUGCACAGAGAGGUACCCCGGGCGCUGGUCAACCUCGUGGACUUCAUGAGCCCCCGCAUCAUGCGGCACGUGUUCCUGGGGAACCCCGACAAGUGCCCGGUGCAGCAGGCCAGCAUUUUGUGUAACUGCGUUCUGACCCCACGGGAGAGCUCCCAAGAGCUGGCCAGGCUGGAGGCCGUCACCCGAGCCUACCAGAGCAGCAUGCGUGAGCUGGUGGAGUCAGGUCGCUACGACACGCGGGAGGACUUCUCCGUGGUGCUGCAGCCCUUCUUCUACAACAUCCAGCUCCCCAUCCUGGCGGAUGGGCGCCCAGAUGUGUCCUUCUUCGCCCCAGACUGCCUCCAUCCAAAUCAGAAAUUCCACUCCCAGCUCUCCAGAGCCCUUUGGGUCAACAUGCUUGAACCACUAGGAAAGAAAACGGAUACCCUGGACCUGACGACAGAUAUACCCCUCCCCUGCCCUGCUCAGAAUGAACCCUUCCUGAGAACCCCCCGGAACAGUAACUACACAUACCCCACCAAGCCAUCCAUUGAGAACUGGGGCAGUGACUUCCUGUGUGAGGAGUGGAAUCCUUCCAACAGUGUCCCCACGUCAGUCCAUGAGCUCCGACCAGCGGAUAUCAAAGUGGUGGCUGCCCUGGGUGACUCGCUGACUACAGCGGUGGGAGCCCGACCCAGCAACUCCAGUGACCUCCCCACAUCCUGGAGGGGACUCUCCUGGAGCAUUGGAGGGGACGGCGACUUGGGGACCCACACCACACUGCCCAACAUUCUGAAGAAGUUCAACCCCAAAAUCUUCGGCUUCUCCACCGGCACCCAGGAGGAGACGGCCGGGCUGAAUGCAGCAGUGGAAGGGGCCAGAGCUCGGGACAUGCCGGCCCAGGCCCAGGACCUCAUGGAGCGAAUGAAGAACAGCCCGGAAAUCAACCUACAGAAAGACUGGAAGCUCAUCACCAUCUUCAUUGGGACCAACGAUUUGUGCCAUUACUGCGAGAACAAGGAGUCCCACUCAGCCAGGGAGUAUGUGUGGCACAUCCAGCAGGCCCUGGACGUCCUCUAUGAGGAGCUUCCAAGGGCUUUCGUCAACGUGGUGGAGGUCAUGGAGCUGGCUGGCCUGCACCAGGGCCAAGGUGGGAAAUGUGUCAUGCCACUGGCAGCCCAGAGCAACUGCACCUGCCUCCGAGGCUCCCAGGAGAACUCCCUGGAGAUGCAAGAACUGAAGACAGUGAACUGGGACUUCCAGAGUGGCCUCUCCAGGCUCUCCUACCAGUACGUGCAGCGUGAGGACUUCGCCGUGGUUGUGCAGCCUUUCUUCCAAAACACUCUUGUCCCCCUGAACGACAGAGGGGGCGCUGACCUCACCUUCUUCUCCGAGGACUGUUUCCACUUCUCAGAACGCGGGCAUGCUGAGAUGGCCACCGCUCUCUGGAAUAACAUGCUGGAACCCGUGGGUCAAAAGACAACCUCCAACAACUUCACCUAUAGCCGAACCAAACUCAAGUGCCCCUCCCCUGGGCGCCCCUACCUCUGCACCCUGAGGAACAGUCGGCUGCUCCAAGACCAGGCUAAAGCAGACCCCCCAGUGCUCAUCUGGGCCGUGCCAGUGGCAGCAGGAGGCGGCCUUGUGGUUGGUGUCGGCACAGUGAUGGCCUGGAGAGCCCUAAGAGGUCGCCAGAGGGAAAAUCCUCCCCUAAGUCUGAACACCAUGAGCUUCUAG